AUGGCUAUCGAUCAGGGAUUGGACAUCCUGAAAGUAACAGCCAGUUUGGAGAGCUUCGUUGAGAGUUAUUGUUAUGACCUGAAGGAGCAGGUAAGAUUAAAUUAAUGUCUGUUGUUUGCAGUGCCGAAUGUUGCCUACAAUGUGUUGAAGAAGAAUUAAAACCGUUUUCCAAAAUGAUGUUCAACGAGCAGAUCAAGUUGCAGCUGAUGAAGGAUAUCCGAUAUUACCGAGAUGAACAUUGAUGAACUCGAUCAAAUGGUGAGAAAACAGUGAGUAAUGACAUGUCAUUUUGUGGUUAACUUUGGUGAUUGUUUUUUAAAUUAUUGCAGUAUCCCGUUCGCUCGAGCCGAGAAGUUCAACGCCUCGAUUGUGAAGCUGGGCACAACAGCCAAAGGCCAAACUCUUCUAGAAGCAUUUGGACAAGUAAUUGUAGGGAGAUCGGCAACACCCUCGGCUUUGUUCGGAUGCUACAGUCCGCCAUUCUGGAAUGUGAAUUGUUUUACGGCCGAGAUGGAUUCCGCAUUAGCAGACAAUGCGAUUAA